AUGGGUGCCUUCCUAGAUAAACCCAAGACAGAAAAAGUAGUUGAUAUGGGACAAGGAAACGGACUUCGAUAUGCCAUUUCAAGUAUGCAAGGUUGGCGAGUGGAGAUGGAAGAUGCCCACGUAGCCAAAUCUGAACUUCCCAGUCCUUUCCAAUACUGGUCGUACUUUGGUGUAUUUGAUGGUCAUGCAGGAUCACGCGUUUCAGAGCUUUGUGCGGCUAAGUUACUAGACGCUAUUCUUAAUACAGAAGAGUUUCAGAAGCUUGAUCCCUCUUGUACGGAGCUUGAUACUACUUUGGUGAAACGCGGCAUCGUAAACGGAUUUUUAGCUUUUGAUCGCGAUUUAGCAUCCGAAGAUUCUAAUGAGAAAUCUGGUUCUACCGCGGUGGUUGCUUUCGUUACUCCAACCCAUAUAAUCAUGGCUAAUUGUGGUGAUUCAAGAGCUAUACUUGUUCGAGACAAUAAACCCCUUUUGGCAACUCAAGACCAUAAACCAUACAAUCCUAUCGAACGCCGGAGAAUUUCUGAAGCUGGUGGUCAGGUUAUGUUAUCACGAGUCAAUGGAUCUUUAGCUGUUUCAAGAUCUCUUGGUGACUUUGAAUACAAACAGGUAUUUAGUCGUGGAGCUACUGAGCAACUCGUUUCUCCUGAACCAGAUGUAUUUAUCAUUGAACGUAAGAAGGAAUUUGACCAAGUUCUCCUCCUUGCGUGUGAUGGUGUUUGGGAUGUCUUUGAGAACGAUACCCUUACAACUUAUGUCCUUCAUAGGUUGUGUUGUUUACCCUCUUUGGUAGAUGUUUGUUCAGAAAUCCUCGAUACCAGUUUGCACAAGGGUAGUCGUGAUAAUAUGAGUGUUCUUUUGGUAGCGUUAGAUGCUGCUCCUACCGUGGAUCCAGAAGCAGUCCGUAAGGAAAUGGAAUUAGACAAUUCUAUAGAGAAUUUGAUUGUUGAUAUAAUGAACUCAGCCGGGGCAGAUGCUGACACUUUGAGUGUGAACUAUAUCGCCAAUACAGUUAAAAGUAUGAACCUUCCAAAUUAUCCUCCGGGUGGCUUCAACACCAAGCGUGCUUAUGUAGAAAACUUUUUCAAUACGCGUUUUCGACGCAAUAAAUAGUAAGUGCAGUCUUUAAAAAUAAUGUUUUAUCCUUUACAUUCACCAAAUAUAUAAGCAUUACAUGCGUGGUGUGCUUCAAUAUCUGCCUACCUUAUUUUUCAUUACUAAUUGCAAUACAAGAUCAUAACUACGUACAUAUUUCUCCGGAAUGUGUGAUUGAUUUGGUUUUCCAGUAACUGGGGUUAAUGGCAUUCUUUCUUCUCCAUCUCAACAAAAUUUACUUGCAUCGCAAUACAUGAAGUACUUAUUCGGUAUACCAAAACUGAAUUUCAUUUCACAUUGACAUGGACCAAGUUUUCAUUCAUCGCAGUGUUGUUUAACUGAAGCUUUUAUCAUCAACUGAAUUCAUAGAAUUUUCCAUUAAUUGUCGUAGGAACAUUGCAUAUACAGAAGAUGGCAUAAGGGAUUUAUACAUGAGGAUCGGUAAUAUUAAUUAGUGAGAGAUUGUUUUUCUUUAUCUGGUGUUGAAACUUUUUUAUUUCUGUAGUUUUUGGUAAGUAUUGUAAGAUACGCCUUCAUAAAAAUGUAAUGCCACUAGUUAGACCAAUAGUACAAAAUUUACCAUUGUUCGUCUUUAAGUUAAGUGUUACUCAUUGUGGUGUGGUGUUUCAGUCAGACAGUUUUUCAAGAUGUUUUGUCACAAAAUGAAAAAACAAGAAAAAAAUGUUUUAUUUUGGCAAAUACUAAAGAGCCUGUUUGUUGUAUGUAAGCACAACAUUUAAAGACAUCCUUCCUAUACGUUACGGAUGUUAUUUCGAGAAACUGAACAUUCUUACUGGUUGAAACAUUGUUUAUCCGUCAUUAUUAGUGAUCUAGUGUGAUGCUUUUCUGACUGUGGAUUCAAAGAAAAAUUGGUUGGAAAUUUUUUAUCCUAUGUGUUAUGCUACAUGGCUGCAUUGUGAUCAGUAUUUUUAAUUGUUAUAUUUUAUCUCAUAACGGCAAUUUUGAAACACCCUAAUGAUAUUCCUGUACCGUUUGGUUGGGCAUUUAGUCUAAAUGCUGUCUAUUUUUUUUUCCUUCACGUUCCCAGUGGAACAUAGGGCUUCAAGCUGGAGGCUUGAAGUUUCUGUAGCAGUGUUUAUUUUUACAGGAUGGGG